AUGGAGAUGAGAAGUGCCAGCUCCACGGGGUCCUGUGUCUGCCAGCUGCUGCUUAAUGCCUCUGAGAAACUCUGCUUCCAGCUAAAGGAGCCCACCUGUCCUGAGAACCUCAGUAUCUGGGACAAGAACCCUCUGGACGGACCCCUUGGUGAAAUGAAUGGGACCAGCUGUAGACUCCAGGAAUCCAGAACCAGCAAUGUUUCCCUGGACAGCGCCAUCCGAUUGUUCUGCUCAGAUAACACCACCACCGUGAAGUCAGACACGAAAUUCAAUGGGCUCAGCAGCAGGUGUUCUGGAGGAUCCUGCUGGAGGCACCAGUUGGAGACCAGGCUCUCUGAGUGGUUCCUUCUAGGUCUCUUCCUGUUUCCCCCAGAAGAGCCCGAGUCCCACUUAAAUGACCUGAGGCUGCCCAGAGAGAAGCUCAACAUGCUGACAGAAGGAAUGAAGAUCUGGCAUGGCUUAGUAAUUGCAGCAGUGUCCCUCUUCCUACAGACCUGCCUCCUUGCAGCUAUCAAUUACUUGCUCAGUAGGCACAUAGCCAAUGAAAAUGAGCAAAUACUGAAAGCAGCCAAGCUCCCAGCCCCUGGCCCUGGCCCUGCCCACAAUCACCCACCUGCUGCCAAGGAGAUGAAGGGAACUGUGGCUGAGAGAAGCACCCCUGUGUCUGAUCUCCGGUGCAGGCAGGACAGCGACACAUCAUCAGAUAGCUCGGACAGCUCGGACAGCUCGGACAGCUCACCUUCUACCUGCCAGGCUUCCAAGAAUGUGAAUUACACACAAGUGGUUUUUUCAGGCCCCAGAGGUCUGAAAAGUGAAUCUGCCCAAGACUAUGAGAAUUUAAAGGAAUCCACAGAUUAUGUCAACAUCAAUCCAAAAAGCCACAAGACCAAUAUCUGGACUUUUGUGAACCAUGCUUCCUCUGAACCCGUGGAAUACACUCAAGUGGCGGUGUGA